UUCCAGGUCCUCUGUGCUGCACCAUGUUCCCCACAUGCCACGGCAGAAAUCUCCUCAACAAGGAUGACAUAGUCCCACUGAGGAGGCCCCGGAAAGCAGAGGCAGCUUCAACUUCAAGUUCAACCAAGAAAGCAGACAGUCUUGUACCGGAGAAGACAGAAAAUGUGCCCACGUGUCAAGUCAGAAACUUUCUCAACGCAGAAGACACUGCUCCGCUGAGAAGGCCUCGAAAAGCAGAGACAGCUUCAACCAACAGAACAACCAGUCCUGUUCCAGGGAGGACAGAAGAUGUGCCUUUAUCUACCUUCAGACAGGCAGAGAUUAACCCUGUCUGUGUACCGAGGAAAACAGUAUCAGCUCCUGUGUCUCCUAAAGCUGAAGCAGUGUCACCCCCAUCUCCUGUACCCUCACUGCCACUCAGUGCCCCAGAAGACGUUCCAGGCCCAGACAGAGUCACCCUGCCGUUACUACGGGAACUCUUGUCCAGAGUUCAGUACUCGGCAGAUGAGGAGGAGGCCCAGGAACACAUCUAUAACCUGUACAGACAUCUCAGGGUGUACGGGAAGACACUGGAUGGAAAUGUGAAAGGAGAAGUGAACGCUGUGUUUGUGGUACUGAGGGACCUGUGUCGGGACUCAGGUCUGGCGUACCUCUCCCGUCUCCUGCUCUUACAGCUGAUAGAACUGCGUGCAGCCGGCUGGGACCCGUCCCCGCACCUGCACAGCUACUACACAGGCAAACUGGAGAAGUUUCCAGAGAUAAAGUCUGAUGACUUGUCUGCACCUUCCAACACAUCAGCUGUGGAAUCCCUGAAGUCUGGCCUGAUCCCAAUGAAAGGCUUUUCUCCAAGAGAACCCGAGGAAAGUAAGAAGGAGGAGAAGAAGAAGAAACCAUGCCAGGAGACCAUCACUGUCUGUGUGAGUCUGGCUGCCAAAGUAUUUGAGCCAGCUGAGAAGAUGAGAAGACUGGAGGAAAGAUGCAGAGCUAAGCUGGAGUGUUAUCCUGAUGCAGAUGGUGAAGACUGCCUGGUGACAAUCACAGCAGAAAGUCAGGCAGUUAUAGAUCAUGCAGUGAAUGUAAUAGAAGAAGCCAUAGCAGAAGUGGAACGCCAGGAGAGACAGAGAAGAUGCCGGUCACCCCCGGCACACGCGAGGCACAGGCCACGUGGGGGGAACGCUGGCCCAGCAGAGUUACGGCACAAGCCUCAAGGGGGAAACUCAGGCUCAACAGACCGCUGGGGGAACUUCCAGUUCUCCAGCUACCAGGACAAGAUCGCUGCCAGGGCCAGACUUAACGGGGGAACUCAAGGAAACGGAACAAGUGCUCCUGUUGCUGCCACCAUUCAGAGACCAGUGAGAGAAGAAACUACAGCAACCCUGGUGUUCAGCCACAGACACCAGCAGAGCAUCAUCCCUGCCAGACCUGUACCUGAGCCUGUCCCUGUGUUCACUCCAGCCAGACCAGUGCAGGAUGACUUGGACUGGAAUGAUGUUGAUGACAACUCUGAUCUGUUUGUGUGGCGAGCACACAAGACCCUGGCCAGCGAAGUCAACAGGCUCGCCGCCGUGAAGGAAGCAAACGUGGGCUUCGACAACCAGCGGGAGGUGCCUUCUGGGAAAAUCAAAACAAAGAAGCCAAAGCAAAAUGCAGUGUCACCCACAGGGAAACAGAGCUACAGUAGUAGUACUAGUAGUGAGGAGGGGCAGAACAACAUAUUACCUUCCAAUACCUCUUAUAACAACACCACAAACACUUGUAAACCUGGCAAUGAGGUAAACUCUUUCUACGGCAACACAGUACCAGUGUCAAAGGCGUUGGCUCCUCAGAGUAGAGACACAUCACAAGCUCUCACAGAGAAGACAAGCUACGAGGUUGUUCCCAUAGACAGAACUCCUUCCCCUGAAGGUAGCACAAGUGGCUAUGGCAACUCAGUGGACAGUUGUAAGGCAAACUCCUUCAGCGAACCAGAAUUGGACACAUCCCUAACGGCAAGUCCACAGUCGAACAGUGUGAAAGAUGAUGACACAGAGAAGCAGACUAAAGAAACCAUGUGGGCUGGCUGGGUGGAUGAACACAUCAGGUCACCCACGGAGCUCAUGGAGAGUGUAGAUCUGGGAGAAACAGCUGCCUCUUUCUCUGAGGAAACUCCCUACAGUGUGGAUGGUGAUGUGCAGAAUAACCACUCAGCUUCUCUGGAGAGUGAUUCUUGCGACUCUUCUUCCCUCAGCGACCCAAGUGCUGCCAGCAUGGCAGGACCAAACCAGGAGAGUAGCAGUGAACACGCAGAGUGUAGAGAGCAGAGUCAGAAGAGUAGCAUUGAAAAUGCAGCAAGCCUGGUAGAAGAGCAUAGAGGGCAGAACAACAACAGUAUCAGUGAUCAGGUGGCAAGUUUGGUGGAAGAGUUUCAAGGGCUGAAUCUCGAAAGUAGCAGUGAAGACACAGCAAGCCUGGUAGAAGAGUGUAGCGACCCAAACAAGGACAGUGGCAGUGAACACGCCUCAAGCCUUGUGGAAGCCGAAGAGUGGACCAACGAUGACGACAUCUACUACAGCGAUGAGGAUGACCUACUGGACGAGGUGUGUGAAAACUGCAACCCUCCCACAUCUCUAUCUGCCUCUCCCGAGUCCCCAGAUGUGAUCAUUGAGGAAGAGUUCUACCUGCCCAGCCCUAAAACCAGCCUCACCGGUCUGGCACCCAUCACAGAGGAAAGUGAAAAAGAUACAGAGAAUAAUAACAACAACAACAACAACGACAGCAGCAUCUGUAAGGACAAUGUGAACAACAAUAAUAACAACAACAGCAAAACAGAUGAGACAGAGAUGGCAGGAGACAUCUGUAACUGCAGCACAGUGCUGGAAGACGACACAGUUGUUAACAACCGACGUUCUCCCUCCAGUAUUCAAGCCAUCUGUGAGAAGGAUGCUUCUGUAGUAGAUGUCACUUCUUCCAGCAGAACAGAUGAUGUCAGAACUACAAAGGAAAGCGGUGCAGAGAAGCCAGUACGCCCAAGAUCACUGCUGGGUGCAUUUCCAGCGACCAGACCACAGUUCAAGCUGCCCAGGUUCCUGGUGAACACCGUGAGACAGCCCAUCAACCCGCUGUACCAUCAGGUGAUCUUGGACAAGGGUCCAGCCGGGGCUCCCCAGGGUGACAGGAACACGGGACCGGAGCAGCGCAGGUUUCUGUUUACAAAGACUGCAAAACUCUACUACGGCGACCACCCAGACCCUGGUGAGGUGCAGUGGGAGGGUGGAGUGAAGAGGUACAGUCGUGACGUCCUGCUGAGGUUCUCUCACAAUCCUGCCUGCAACAUCAGACCGGCCGGCCUGCCUGCCUUACCCUGCGUGCAGUGACAGAGACAGUAUCUCUAGAAUGUGAAUAUAUUGAGGGAACACGCUUGACUUGCGAUGCCCUGAGGACCGCCGUGUUACAUCUUGAGGAUUAUCCAGCCUGUCUUGUGGAAGAUAUCGUGACCGGAGAUGCGGUUUCUGACCUGUUUCAAUCUCGGGGAGAAUUGAAAUUGAUGCCGGGUCAUGCGAAGUUUUGGAACAAUAAAAUCCCCCAAGCGCUGAAGGGAUUGUGUUCUGGUGACCCGCCCUACAUGUGGUGUAGUAGGACAGUCACAGUAGGCAGUCAUAGUGCUGUGGAUGGCUUUAAAAACUGUACUCUGUCAUUACUAGUACUGCAAGUGACAAUGAUAGAUAUAUGUGGCCGCCAACGGCUCAUACUGACCAAGGUAGAAUCCUAAUUCGCGUCAGCCCUGCUGCAUCGGCUAUGGCUAAAUAUGUUUUCUUCAUGUUCAUGUAAAUGUGUGUUUGUAGUACAGUAGCUUUAUAUUUAUGUUCCAUAUGUUUGGUCACUUUGGCAAGAAUAUGUAGACAUACAUGUACAGUAGGGUAGAGUAGGAUAGAAACACUCAAUCUUGAUAAUGAUUUAUUCCUCCACAGAUUAUAAGAGGUGUAGUCUUCAGGACUGCUGUACAAACUAAGGUAGUUCACAUGGCGUACAGGAGUAGGUAAUAUAUUAUGCCUUAUUGGUUAACCUUCUCCCUGCUACCUUACUCCAUUACCAGUACAAAUAUGGUGCCAAAUGGCUGCCUUAGCAGGAUGAAGGUUAGAAAGUGAUGUAAGAUCCCAACUUACUUACAAUGUAGAUGCUGGCAGAUGAGAGCUUGGCUUCCAGGAUACGUGUUGUACAUAGGGGAAUAUAUCUAUAGAUUCUGAUGUCUUCAGAGACUUAAUUAUUUUGUACAAUGCUGUUUCCUUCAUAUGUUACAAGCGUAUAUUAUAUUUUUUUCUGUUGAUAUGUUGUGUUUUCUAACACCAACCAUCUAACUAUCUGAAAAGGAUAUAUUCAGAAAUGAAUGAUAUUAUGUACAUGUGCUUACAUUCAUAUGUGUAGUAAAAUUACAACAAAAAGAGAAUUAGCAGUAAAUAUGGAGUACACCACUGAAGCCUGCCUUAUGGUUAUAUAGUGAUGCCAUCAUGGAGCAUACUAUGGUGAACUGCAGUAUAUUAUUGUUAUUCAAACAAACUUAUGAAGUACAAUCAUUUAUAAAAUGUAGUUUACAAUGUGUUUUUCCUUUCAAUUGUAACAAGAAGUCUAUCCUCUUUAACUAUAAGACAAUGACGUAAUUUAGAAGUAUGAUAAUCUUUCAUCAGGUCAGGUGGUCCUUGCUCACGAUCAGAUCUGUUCAUACACAUGGAAAGAGCAGGCUACGUGGGAUGAAAGAUAACAUUUCUCUAGACUGAUAACAUUCAUGCAUACUGGCGGUAUCAAGUCAAGUUCUAU